UGUUCUGGAAAACGAAUUCACAAGAAAUUUGUAGGUUUGCAUUCACUUCAAUUCAAACUUUGGAAUUUGUUGCGCGAACAUGGGAAAACAUAAGAAUGCAGAGCAGGAUGCAAUAAUUAUCCAAUUCAUGGAAGCCCAUAAAGACAUCGCCCGUGGCUUUGUAAAAGGCGAUAAAGUCAAAAGCGAUGCGCUUUGGAAGCAGUUUGCAGCGGAGCUUAACAAACAUGGCCCACCAGAAAAAGAUAUUUCCGGCUGGAAAAAGGUUUGGAUGGAUUGGAAGUCCUUUAUCAGGAAAAAAUUUGCCCACAAUAAUUCCGAAGCUAGAGCAACUGGGGGAGGGCCGUUUAACAAGCACACGUUAACAGCAACAGAAGAUAAAAUUGCCCAGUUGUGUGGCAUAUUUACCGUUGUGGGCGGCAUCGAAAAAACGGCUGACUUUGGUGCUCCUCAAAAUUCUGAGGAGAUGACAGGCAAUUCAAGCGAGGAUGAAGACGCAGAAUUGCCAUGUAGAAGCAGUGCCGUCCUCUCAACGCCAUCUCGCAGACGCCAGAUUGGGCUGUCUGACUGCCUUAAGGCAAAUGUUAAUGAGCAGACUGUGGCCAUGAAAACCCUUGCGCAUGGGCUAGAGGAAAAUGUUGACGCCACGAGGGAAGUUAGUGCGGGCCUUAAAAGCGUGUGCGAUGCCGUGAAAGAAUUGACCAUCGCCGUUAAAGAAAGCACGGCCGAGAACAUGCGUCACCACCUACAACUGGAAAGGCUUAGAAAAGAGGAGAAUGAGAUGAAAAUGAAGGAGUUGGAGCUGCAAGAGCUCAAAAUGUGCUCAAAGUACAAUUAACUUUUUUUCAAUGAAUUUAUGUGAUUUUUAUUUUGCUUAGUGAACUAAAUUCACUUUUUUUAUUCAAACUAAACUACACUUAAUGUGAUAUUUUUAAUUUUAAAUACAUAAAUGAAAUAUAUUUACAUAUGAACUUGAAAUCCAUUACUUAA